UCCAGACAGACACACGCAGAGCUCCGGCUCCGACCUCAGUCCCAGCCCCAGACCCUAACUACAGCCCAAACCCUGCUCCAGAGCAGGUCCCACCCCCCGGGUCACGUUCCUGGUCCCAUGCCAUCAUCUGUCUCAGCCCAUGUCCUGACCCCAGCCCCGCUGUGAUGCCCAGCAGGUGAAACCAUGGCAGACGUGAAAGUCAAACAAGAAACUUCAGAUCCUGCGGCGAUGGAGAGCAGGAUCCUGGAAUUAUGCCAGCAGUUCCCGCAGGGAAUCACAGACCAGGUCAUUCAGAACGACAUGCCACAGGUGGAGCCGCAGAAGAGAGCGUUGGUCAUCAACAGGCUGCUCUCCACAGGUCAGCUGGAUCUGCUGAGAGGUACGGCUGGUCUCCUCUACCGCAUAAAGGAUGUCCAGACGGCAAGCAAAAUGAAGGGAUCUGACAACCAGGAGAAGUUAGUUUAUCAAAUAAUUGAAGACGCUGGAAAUAAAGGUAUAUGGAGCAGAGAUAUUCGGUACAAGAGUAACCUCCCUUUGACGGAGAUCAACAAAAUUUUGAAGAACAUGGAAAGCAAAAAGCUAAUUAAAGCUGUGAAGUCUGUGGCUGCAUCAAAGAAAAAGGUGUACAUGUUGUAUAACCUGCAGCCAGACCGGUCUGUGACUGGUGGAGCCUGGUACAGUGAUCAAGACUUUGAGUCGGAGUUUGUGGAAGUGUUGAACCAACAGUGCUUCAAGUUCUUGCAAAAUAAGGCUGAUGUGGCACGGGAGAGUAAACAAAGUCCAAUGGUUCAAAGGAACAGUUCGUAUGCAUCAUCUCAUGAAGUAUGGAAAUACAUCUGUGAACUGGGGAUCAGCAAGGUGGAACUGUCAAUGGAAGAUAUAGAAACUAUUCUGAAUACGUUAAUAUAUGACGGGAAGGUAGAGAUUACUAUUAUAGCCGCAAAGGAAGGCACUAUUGGUAGUGUGGAAGGGCAAAUGAAGCUGUAUAGAGCAGUCAAUCCCAUCAUCCAGCCCACAGGCCUGAUGAGGACACCGUGUGGGAUGUGCCCGGUAUUUGAUGAUUGCCAUGAAGGCGGCGACAUUUCUCCAGCGACGUGUCUGUAUAUGACGGAGUGGCUGGAGUUUUAACUAAAAUUGCGUUGGCAGAAGGAACAUUAAAGCUUGGAUGGUGGUUGCUGUGUCUGAAAGGAUUUGUAUCAAGUCCAUGGCAUCAACAGCCUAUUCAGCUCAAUUCCAUGCAUUGAGCCUCUUUCCAACCUGGUCUGACAAACUGCUCCAUUGCUUAUCUGGCUUCCCAUUGUACUUACUGGAACCGAGACAUAGUUCCACAGUGGACAGAUGUGAGAAGAUGCCAGACAUGAAGCACAUUGAAGAGAAGAUCCUGUUUUUUUUAUUUUUAAAUCUACAUUUCUUUCUUAUCCAAACAGAUCGCAAUUCAACCAUUUAACUGUAAAAAAUUACUCGCCAUGAAAAUCAAAUAAAAAUUUACUGUUUUGAAAUGUA